UUCAAAAACGAAAAGUGGUUGAGUAGCUGUAUUUCUGUACUUCCUAUCAGAUAACACGACCUCGACUACGGAUCAGUCGUGUCUCUCAAUAUCUUAAAAAAAUUGUUACUUUUAAAAUGGAUAAAUUAAAAUAUAAAUAUUGGAUCGUCUCAGUAUCCCUUUUAGCUAUUUUUCUUGUUCCAAUAAGCACUGGUAACAUUAUUAGCAAAGGCCAAGGUCAUCCUAAAAUAAUAAUAGACCACGAUGGGGGAGCUGACGACGCUAUGGCUAUAUUUAUGGCUCUUCUUAGCGAAAAGUAUUUAAAUGGACCAUCAGUUAUAGCAAUGACAACUACUCACGGUAACGUGGACGAAGACCAGGCAUUCAUCAAUACUCAAAGAAUUUUAGACGUAGCGGGGAGGCGUGAAGUACCUAUAUACCGUGGCAGUAACGACUCUCUACUGAUCUCAGUAGCAUCUGAUGGAUAUUUUGGCGCGGACGGACUCGGUGACAACAAUUUUACAGCAAUAGAGCCCAUUGAAGCUCAGAGGAUACCUGCAGCUCUUGGUAUCAUUGAGCUGGCUAACAAAUACCCAGAUGAAAUAAUACUGGUUGCGAUCGGCGCACUCACUAACGUAGCUUUGGCAGUACGAUUGGAACCCCAAUUGAUUAAUCGGCUUUCACAUCUGUAUGUAGGCGCGGGAAACGUCUACAGUGAAACUGAAACGAAGGCGGAGUUCAACGCAGAGCAAGACGCGGAAGCAUACCACAUAGUAAUGCAAGAAGCUCAUCCAGAGAAAGUGACGAUUGUACCCUUUUCACAAGUCAGAACUAAAGGUGUGUCCCGGAAAUGGCGCCAAGAAGUCCUAGGAGCCAUACCAACUGAAAUAAUGAGAGCGCAAAACGCCUUCGAAAGGAUUACCAUAGUAAAAAAUGAUUACUUUACACUAUUGGACCCUGUUGUCAUGGGUAUAGCGCUGAAUGACACAAUUGUGGGAGAUGUGAAAUAUUCGCAAAAUAGCAUUAUUUUAUGCGGGGAAGAUAGAGGCAUCAACACUAACAAUUUUACGACAAGGGAAGAAGCGAACGUAAACGUCAUCAAUAACGUUCUUGAAGAAGAAUAUAAGAGUUUACUUCUAUCUAUUUUUUCUGCUGAACUUAAUUAAAAGUCUGUAUUUUUAUGUGUAAAACAUUUUAAAAUAUUUACAUGUAAAAAAUAUGUAGGUAUACAUGAAUUGAUAUUUUUGUUUGUUAUAUACUUGUUAAUUUAUUUAUUACUACUUGUGUGUUUUAAUUAUUGGGAUAUAUAUUACUUUCUUUAAAGUUGUUUAAACCAUAAAAACCCUAUUUAAGUAUACCUAUGUAUACAUGAAAAGAAAGACUUCAAGGAAAAAGCGUACUUCGACAUUAAAUGCCGGCAACGCACUUGCAACCCCUCUGGUGUUGCAGGUGUUCAUGGGCAACGAUAAUUGCGUAUUAUUCAUUCAGGCGAUACCUCCUAUAUCAUAAGUAUCGAAAAACACACUUAUCCCUAUGCCACACUUACCCGUAUUGACCAGAAACAAUGAAUAUAAUACUAUAAGUAAUUAGGUACAUUAUGUAGACGUCCGAGUGCUCAUUAUGUAUGUGUUUAGUUUUAUUUAUUAAGCAUAAUGUAACAUGAUCAUUACGUGGUAAAUCAACAUUUAACAAUAUUAGAGUAGGUAGGUAUAUUAAUUUCUUAUACAAUGUAAAGAAACUUAAUAAUAAGAAAAAUACGCGUACGGGUUCCAGCAGGCGUUCUACAUGACAUUAAAGCUCUCCAAGGGGCGGGCGUCUACACGUUGGAUCUAAAUCCCCACACAAGCCUAUCAAAAGACCGGGAUUUAUAGGCCCGUGAAAUUCAAAGAGAAAAAUAUGAGCUCCGUCAACAAAGUUUUGUACGGAGCUCUAAAAAAUGCGUCAAAAUAUUUUUUAUGAUUAAUAUACAGUAAUCGAAUAGAUGGCAUGGUUGUGGGGCAAAGUCUUAGCCAUGUUUUACUCAAAUAAAUUAAAAAUUAAAUCCGUGACACUUGUGAGCAGUGUAUUAACUAACUUAUUUUUUAUAACAUUUUGACACGUCUUUAGACAAUUCGUUUUGUUUGCUCCUUAGCGGAUCAAAGUUCAAACCACGCGUCAAAAGCACAAGUAAUCACUCAUUAUCUAAAGCUAGUCGCACACACAGGGCAAGCGCGGGACGGGCGCGGAACCGGUCGCUUUUUUACGAGACGUACGUACGUUUGUCAACAAGGACUCUCAGGCCUUACACUUAGGUUGAUUUGAAAUUGACGCAUUCCUUUAAAGAGCGUAUGUUAGAGUUAAUUUGCAAUAUAUGAGUCCCUGGCCCAAUUAAUGGUUUCUAAGAUUUUAACAUUUGAAGAUUUUUAUUACAUGUUUUAUAUUAACUUACAAUGUACCUAUGUAUGUACGGGUCAAAUCUUGCAUUUUAUAUUUGACCCACUUCCCGACUUCCAAUAAGGGAUAAAAUUUGCAUACAUACCUAUGUAAGUUGAGUGAAAAUGCAAUAUUAAAUUAAGGUACUAUCGAGCUGGCCUGAUGAUGGAGACAGGAGGUAGCCAUAGGAACUCUAUGAUAAAACAACGCAACCUAAUUGUGUUUGGAGUUUUUAGAAUUGUCUCGAUGAGUAUCUAUAGUUGCCUGUGGAGGAAAGUACAGUCAGCGAUAAAAGCUUGUACCAUAAAUGUUUUUAUUGCCAAAAACUUAUUUUAAUUACACUCGAAAUCAAAAAAAUUAAUUGAACACUCUAGUUUAAAGUAUUAUCUAGAGCACGCUACUUAC